CGAGUUUGAUUUUAAGCAGAUAUAUUCAUCUGCGUUCAGCUGAUCAACUCAUCCACAUCUCGCUCAGAAACUUGGAUAUUUUACAGUGAAAAGUCUUCUCAAUUAAAAUGGAUAAAAUUGCGAUCUUCGGGUCAACAGGAAUGACUGGCACUUGUGCUCUAAAAGCUGCCAUCGAUAAAGGUCUUAAGAUCAAAGUGCUCGUGAGAGAUCCAUCAAAGAUUCCUGAAGAGUUUCGGCCCAAAGUAGAAGUCAUCCAUGGAGACGUGCUGAAAUACGAGGACGUUUUGGAAACGGUUAAGAAUGUGCAGUCCGUGGUCGUAGUACUCGGCACGAGGAACAACCUGAAACCGACCACGGAUCUGAGCGAAGGCAUGAAGAACAUUGUCCGGGCGAUGAAUGAGACGAAUAUCGAGGUGGUAUCUGUCUGCCUGUCCGCAUUUUUGUUUUACGAGCCCAGCAAGGUUCCACCGAUGUUCGUUGAUCUGAACGCCGACCACCAAAGGCAGCUGAAGGUAGUACUGGGAUCAAGCCUAAAGUACAUUGCUAUUCUUCCUCCACAUAUCGCCGAUUCGCCUCAAACGGAGUACGUAGUCGAGGUGGGAAAGUCCCCAGGAAGGGCAGUAUCCAAGUACGAUCUUGGCCGAUUCCUGGUGGAAAGCCUCUCCGAGGAGAAAUAUUACGGUCGCCUGUGCGGCAUCUACAGCCCGCAAUGAAUAAUAUAAUAUUAUAAAAGCACAAA